AUGAAUCUAAAAAACAACAGCUCAAACAUAUAGAGACUUAAUUGACUGGGAGCCAGAAAAAUGGCAAAAAGUCAUAUAUUUAGUGUACCAUUGCUAACAAUAUUAUUUAUAACCCUACCAAUCGUAUUUAUUACUCGGGUUAAUGCCAAUGAAUGUGAUCCCAACACCGAUACUAACUGUGCACACGAAGUGUACGGCGAUUCUGUGAAACAGUGGCCGCCAAACGCAUCAUUACUUUCUAAUGGUAAGGGUGCAAACGAGUCGUGUUAUUAUCGUUGCAAUUCAUCACAAGAUGAGACAUGUGUUUCAAGGGAUCAAAUAUGUGACAUAACUAAAGACUGCGCUGAAGGCGAUGAUGAACACCAAUCGUGCGAUAAACUAUGGAAUGGUAGCUAUUGUUCAUUUGGAAAAAAUGAUUACUGUUUUUGGCAAAACACGGCAAAUGACUCGUAUUAUUGGUCACCAGAAAUGGAUGACAAUAACGAGUGGUUUCUUAGAGUUAAAUUUCGAUCCGACAAUAAUAAGCACUUUUUUGGUAAAAGUGCUACAAUAUCGAGCCCACUGUUUCCAGCUAUACAUCCCUAUCAUUCAGACGCCGACUCCAACUAUUACAAUACAUGUCAUGUAAGAUUUAUGUAUCUGUUUACGUGGCCAUCAUCUGAAUUGGUACUGGAAGUGGUGGAAAACAACCCGUCCUAUCAUAAAGACGGUAAAAUUGUUGAGUUGUGGCGCAAAUUUUUGUCAUCAAAAGCAUCGAAAAUUGAAACAAUUGCGUGGACACGGGUCAGCAUACCGUUACCUUUUAAUAUACAAAAUGACUUUCGGCUGGUAUUUGUUUGGAGCGCAACAUUUGUUGGACAGGGAGUUAACACACGUAACCGUCAAAUCAUUGCAUUGGAUAACAUUAGUCUAUCGAAAGAAUGUUUCGGAAUUGGUUUACCACCCGCUCCGGUACGAUCCACACCCGACACACAUUCUAUACAUUUUGAUAUUCCCACAAAUAAUUCAUUAAAAAGCUAUAAAUUAACGACAUGUGGUUCAAAAGGCCGAUUGGGUCCCAGUUUUAAACAAUGUGAACAAUUUUACUCAAAUACUCCGACCCGAGCGGCCGUAAUGGACAGUUCAUUACUGUUGAGUAACGGCACCCAAAUGUGGACAGUGCCGUACACUGGCUAUUAUACAAUAUUUGUGAGGGGAGCUAAAGGAGGUGAUGGACUUCAUAUUAAAAAUAAAGGAGGAAAUGGAGCUUUGGUUCGAUCAGUAUUUUACUUUCAAGAAGGCGAUACCAUAUUUUCAUUGAUAGGACAGUCGGGUACUAAUGCCUGUCGUAUGGAUGAGUUGUCGCCAAAUUUGAGAAGUAAGUGUAUGUCAAAAGUGAGAGCACCGGAAGCUAAUAUAACCAACUUUAAGAAAACACUUCAAGAUUUAGAUAGAAGCGUUGGUGGAGCGGGAGGUGGAGGCGGUGGUAGUUAUGUAUUCAGACUUGAAGAUCAAUCUCUAGUACCGCUUAUUAUUUCAGGAGGCGGUGGGGGUGGAGGUAGUGAUACUUUCUAUUCUCAAUCAUUAGAAGGUCAAAAUGGGAGAGGAUUUGACUAUCAAUUUAAGGGAUCAGUCGGUUCUGGUGCUGAAUCAGGUGGUGGUUGGUUUGCUGACCCAUUAGCCAAUAGAUCUAUUUCUGGCUCAUCUUUACUAAGUGGUGCUGAAGGCGGAUAUGUUUGCAAUGCAACAAAAGAUUGGGGAACUUAUGGUGGUUUUGGCGGAGGCGGAGGUGGUUGUAUUAGUGGUGGAGGAGGUGGUGGCUAUCAGGGUGGCGACUCAUAUGAUGCUGGCCGAGGAGGUCAAGGAGGCACUUCAUAUGUGGAUAAAAGUUUAGCAAUGUUAGCACUUUCAGCCAUUAAAGAGACGCGACUCUCCAAUGAUGAUCAAAAUGAUGGAGYGGUGACUAUAGUUCCACAAAUCGAUAAGUGCUGUAACAAUGGUCAGUAUCCCUGUGUCAUUACCGGACAACUGGCCAACAAUGAGCUCAUUAUUGAAUGCAUUUGUGGAUUUAAGGUCUUUGAAAGAAAUGAAUGCAAACACACUAUAAUUCCAUGGACUUUAAUAUCGAUUAUUGGUGGUGUUUGCCUGUUAAUUGUUUGUAUAGUUAUAUUUGGUGCUAUUUAUUUUAUAAAAUAUCACAAAACGUGUAGUAAUGGUAGCCAUUGCGGUACUGAUAGAAAUGGUAGGGAUGCCAGUGCUUCACAAUUGUUGUCCACCAGUUCAACUGAUGUCCAAUUAAGCCGAUUGAGAAGCGGUCACAAUAUAAUAACCGAAUAUAAUCCAAACUAUGAGUUCGGGGGCUCGACCUGUACUUUACAAGAUCUUCGAGAAGUGCCCCGAGAAAAGCUCACACUUAUUAAAGCUCUAGGACAGGGAGCUUUUGGUGAAGUUUACCAAGGUUUUCUACAUAACAUGCCGGGAGAAAUUACCGAUGAGCUGCCGGUUGCCGUCAAAACAUUACCUGAAUAUUCAGCCAACAAUCAGGCAGAAAUGGACUUUUUGAUGGAAGCGCUUAUUAUGUCUAAAUUCAAACACAGAAAUAUAGUCCGAUUUAUUGGUGUUUGUUUUGAAAAGAUGCCCCGAUUUAUAGUACUCGAACUCUUGCCCGGAGGUGAUCUCAAAACGUUUUUGCGAGAGUCUCGCGGAACUGCUAUUAAGCCGUCACCACUAGUAAUGGGAGAUAUUCUUGUUAUUGCUUUAGACAUAGCACUUGGAUGUCAAUAUUUGGAAGAAAAUCAUUUUAUUCAUAGGGAUAUAGCGGCCAGAAAUUGUUUGCUUACGAGUAAAAAUAGCGCAAUUGUUGUUAAAAUUGCAGACUUUGGUAUGGCAAGAGAUAUAUACAGAGCUGAUUAUUAUCGCAAAGGUGGUAAAGCAAUGCUUCCGGUCAAAUGGAUGCCUCCCGAAGCAUUUCUCGACGGCAUAUUUACAUCAAAAACUGAUGUAUGGAGUUUCGGUGUUUUACUUUGGGAAGUCAUGUCAAUGGGAUAUAUGCCAUAUCCGGGUCGAGGAAAUCAAGAGGUGAUGCAAAUGGUGACGGCUGGCGGUCGACUCGAACCGCCAAAUCCAUCGACACCGUCACAAGUCUACGCCAUAAUGACUCAGAGCUGGAAUGCCGUCCCCGACCAAAGGCCGUCGUUUACAACAAUUAUCGAAAGAAUAGGCUAUUGUUUACAAGACCCGGAUGUCCUCAAUACAAAGUUACCUAUAUUUCAUAGGGCACCGUCUAUGGAAAGAGAUAUGACAUUAAUGCGUCCGCCGCCCGACUCGACCGACUAUUUAGUGCCAAACAAUCCCUGUUCUAACUCCAACUCAAACUAUAGUAUGAGUACCGAAAAGACUGAAUUACUGUCACCCGACACCUGCUCGACGUUCAGCUGCGGCACAACCAAUGAUGAUAACAAACUUCUUGAACUAUUGGAUGACGUGAAUCCACCGCCAGUAAUACCGCCGCGAAGUGGAAACUGGAAAGAAACUUGUUUUACGGGCGCAAACUCCAAUCAGAAGAAUCUAAUCGAGUUGUCCACUGCUGCUAAAAGUAACGGCAUUAAGUCGGGUAUAGUGGCCAACAAGAGUACAGCAGCUACCGGUGCCGCCGCCACCGCCGCUCAGCCGUUAUUGUUAGACGCGUCCACUUUAUUACAGCAACCGUCGCGUUAUGUCAACGUUAAUGUCAAUGACUCUGUAGAUGUGCUCAACACUAACGCCAGAAUCAAUGAAAAACAAGUCAAUUGUUAAACAUUUGAUUUUUUWAAAUUUCAUUUCUCAAGUCAUCUAAUUUUUGUACACAAUUUUCACUACAUUUUCA